AUGGAAUCGGGUGCUAUAAGAGAUGACGCAAUAACGGCAAGUUCAUCAUUUGAUAGUAGCAACGUGGGACCACAACAGGGCAGAAGGCUGUGGGGGGUGACGGUAGCGACGUCGGCGGCGAACGAUGGAAAAAAAAAACUCACUCAACCAUGA